AUGACUACUCCAGCGCACCAGGAGCCCAACGACCCUAGCACCGUCUCAGUUACGGCCUCUUCUCCAGCUCCUUCGCAUCAUGUCUUCAAUGAGCAGACUAAUUAUGUCCCAAAAAGGACAAUCAUCACCAUAUUCCUUGCCUGCUCAACCGUCGACCUCAUAGCCCUAAUGGACCAGACCACCCUAGCGGCCAGUUUGUCCAUCAUUGGCAACGCCUUGCACGCCAGUGACAAGGCCGCCUGGAUAUCAGGCGGGUAUUUUGUAACAUCAACCUGCUUCCAGCUCCUCUAUGGUCGUCUGUCGGAUAUCUGGUCUCGUAAAUCGGUCCUCUUCGUCGGACUGGCGAUCUUCUUCAUCGGCUCUCUCGCGUCGUCCCUAGCCCAAUCUGGAACCCAGCUCAUCGUCUUCCGCGCCUUCACUGGCGUGGGUGGCGGAGGCCUGAUGACGGUUGCGCAGAUGAUUGUAAGUGAUGUCGUGCCCCUUCGAGAACGAGGGAAAUACCAAGGGAUCCUUGGUGCGGUCGUCGCCAUUGCAAAUGGUAUUGGACCCGUCAUUGGCGGCGCGCUGUCUUCAGUCUCAGCCGACGGCUGGCGCUGGAUUUUCCGCCUGAAUCUCCCGCUCACAGCCAUCACGACUCUGUCCGUGUUCUUUUUCAUGCCUCUGCGCAAAGUCCAGGGUGAUUGGCGGGUCAAGCUCAAAGCGAUAGACUUUGUUGGCGGCGGGCUGGCGCUCGCCGGUACGGCGGUGCUACUGCUUGGCCUGACCUGGGGUGGUGGAGAGUAUCCGUGGCAAUCGUCGCAUGUCAUUGCAACCAUUGUCGUCGGUUUUGCCGUCUGCGUUCUUUUCAUGUUAUGGCAGUGGAAGGGCGCAGCGUACCCGCUCGUCCCAGUGCACAUCUUCAAAUCGGGUAUCGUGAACGGCGCCUGUCUGACCAUGUUCAUCAACGGGUGGAACUUCCUCGUGCAGGUGUACUACAUCCCGAGCUUUUACCAGCUGGUCUUUGGAUAUAGCGCUGUCAGGGCAGGCGCUAUGCUUCUGCCGAUUACUUUGAUGCAGACUGCAAGCAGCACCCUCUCGGGCCUCGUCGUCCACUGGAUCGGACGGUACAGGGAGUGCAUCCUCUUCGGAUGGAUGAUCUGGGCUGUGGGACUUGGUCUGUUUUCCACAUUAGAUGAGCACUCGGGCGUAGGAAAGCAGAUCGGGUAUGGGAUCUUGACGGGUGUGGGCGUUGGGAAUACUUUGCAGCCGGCCCUUAUAGCCAUUCAAGCCGGUGUCGAGAGACGCGAUAUGGCUGUCGUUACCUCUUUCAGAAACUUCGUCCGAAAUCUGGGGGGAACACUCGGUCUCGCAAUAGCCCAGACAAUCAUAAACAACCUCAUCCUAAGCUCCCUAUCGCCAGUCCAUCUCUCUCCUUCCGAGCAGAAGUCCUUCCUCGCAAGCCCAACUGCCUAUAUAUCUACUCUUCCCGAGACCGAAGCCACACAUAUUCGGAGUCUCCUGAUACCAGCCUACAAACGCGGCUUCCGGAUCAUUUUCAUUAUUGGGGCUGCGCUUGCGGCGUUGGCAUUUGGUAUCGCGUUCGCGCUUAUGAGGCAGGUUGGAUUGGAGAAGGGAGAUGAUGAGAAGCUUAAGGAGGAGGGGAGAAGAAGGGUGGAAUUGGAAAAGGGGAUGAAGGGGGAUGCGGAAAAGGAGGGUGGAGAUGUUCACGUUGAUAGCAAUGACGAGGGGAGGCGCGAGUAG